AUGAAUGAUACUUCAUCUUCAGUAUUCCCUUCGCAGACGAAUUCCUCUUUAAACUCUCCAAAAUUUCAAAAUUCAAAGUUUCAUUUCUCUUCAGUGGCUACUCAACAACCUCAAAUCUAUGGCGAACAAGCAUUAGACCACAGAUAUCAUCAAUAUAUUGGUAGCAAUAAUAUGGAAACGCUCUUGAAUGCCAUUGAAGUAUCUCCUAUGUCUCCUGUCAAUUUGUCUCGGAAAUUACAAAUUUUAAAACCAAAAAAUAUCGGCUCAAAUACUUCUGUAUCACAAGAUGAAAUUCCGGACCAACGCUCAUACCAUCAAGAUGAACAUACUAGAUAUGAACAAAUUCAUAGAUUACUACCACCUCCAAUCUCAAAAAAUAUGCUUACUCCCGAUGCAAUGUCUAUCUCUUCGUUGAUAGAUUCGGACCAACCGAUAAAAUCUUCGUCUCCUCUUACUCCUCCAGAUACGUCUUUAACUUUUCCGGGUCUUUCCACUUCCCCGACGAAAUCUUCUCCUGCUACUUCUCCCGUUCCACUAGCUUCUAUGCUACCCUCGGCUCCUAUGUCUGUCCCUUCUCCUACUGAUUCUAUUCCUUUCCCUCGUUUACAACCUUCGCCUCCUGCGAACAUUUUUUUAAGUACUUUCCCCCUUCCAAGCGUGAAUCAGGCCGUAGGUGACGUUGAUCGUACGCGUAAUUCUCCUUCUCCUUUAAUUCAAAAUAAAAACCAUUUAGUAUCAAACAAAAGAAAAUGUGAUUCCCUUGUAACUGGUACUUAUCUAAGAGAAUCUCGUACAAAAAUACGUAGAUCUUUAUCUAUUAAUGAUACUAUAAUACAUAAUCCUUCUUAUCCUUCCAUUGAUGUUCCCUCUGAUUCUUCUCAAAAUUUACUUCUUUGUCAAAAUGAUUCUUCUACCCCUUUUCAUUUUACCACUAUUACUUGUUAUCAUGCUUCUGUUGCUCAAAAAUCUUAUGGUAGUGAAAAAAGGUUUUUAUGUCCUCCGCCUGUGGUCAUUCUUGAAAAACCUUUAAAUUCUUGUAGAAAUUUUCAUAUAAAACCUGAAGUUUCAAUGUCUGUUGUAUGUGAAACUGGUGAACGUUCAAUGGAACAAAGGACUAUGCUUGAUGAAAAUAUGAAGGGUACCUUUAAAUAUUUACAUGUUAGUGGCACUGCUAAAGCAAAACAUUUCACUCUUAAAUUAAAAAUUUUUCAUAAGAAUUCUACUAUUCCAUAUGCUAUGUUUGAUUCCGAUCCUGUCACUAUCAUAUCAAAACCUUCUAAAAAAACUGCAAAAGCUAGAAAUAUUUCUUCUUGUAUUUCUUCUGGUGAUCAUAUUUCUCUUUUUAAUCGUAUUAAUUCUCAAACCGUACGAACUAAAUAUAUGGGUAUAGAAAGUGGUGAAUUAUGUGCAAAGAAUUCUACUUGGUCUUCUUUCGUUAUAACCGUAGUAAAUAAUAACAACAAUAUCAACAACGAGUCGGGUUCUUUUUCACCUAUAAAUUCCUCGAAAGGUUCUUCUCCGAUUUCUUCUCCUGGUUCUCCUUCUAAUUCCGUAUGUUCAAAGACUCAGAUUACUUAUGGUUCUGAAGUUGUCCUUUCUGAUCCUACGACUGGUUUUAUUUCCGAUCAUUUAAUUAUUCGUAAAGUGGAGAAAGGUCGUAUUGCUCAAGGUGCUUGUGGUCCUGUUAGUCAAAUGCAAAAAAUUGCAUUACAAUGUGUCCGUAUGAACAGUCGAGAAUCUCAUUAUCUUAGUGCCGCUGGUCCAAUAACGAUGGAUAGUCCUCAAUUACAAGAUCAAUGUACUGUUAGUGGUGCUUCACCUUUUCUAGGUUAUCAAUCUUCUCGAGUAGUUCAUAUGCAAAAUGUUGAAUUUGCAAAAGAACCUUUUCGAUUGGUUUCAUCAAUGCAAAAUAUUCCUUGUACAAAAUCUGAUGCAACUUCUACAAUUGUCGAAGAAGUUGAUGAUUAUUUAUGUUGGACAAUCGUAGGAAUUUCUUGUGGAAUUUAA